AUGCCGUAUAUGCCACCGGCAUGCAUGUCUCACGUAGAACUUCCAACAAAGGAUGCUGCUGCAGCCCAGGAAAAAUACCAUAAAUAUAAUAACAAAGAAGAUUCCAAGCCGCAAAUAAGGCAGACAGUAGGAGUAGAAAAUAUUCAGGAAGCAUAUAGACCAAUAUAUAUAUGCAAAAAAGAGAUAGAACCAGAAAAUUCACAGAAAGAAACAUGUUUAAUAGGUACAUCUAUAUAUGCAGCCAAAUAUAAUACAUAUAUAAACGAAACAAGCGCAUGUAAUGAGGAAACUGGUGGAUGUACCAGUAAAAAUGUAUAUAUGAAUAAGAACAGUAAAAGUGAUAUUAAAGGAGGUACAUAUAUGGCAGAAAAUAUCACAUAUAUGGCGGGAAACAAUGCAUAUAAUAAUGAAAAUAACGCAUAUAUUGGGACAUAUGUUAGUGCAUAUAAUGAGCAGGUAGUUGCUGCACCGCUUGGUAUGUGGACGACGGAAUGGAACAGUCGAGCUGUUAAUAAACAAAAGUCACAACAAAUACAACAAAUGCAGUCGACAGAGCAGCAGUUAAUGCAACCGAUACAAACACAUCAUGCACAACAUGUUUUAUCUCCAUCUUUGCCUAUUUCACCAGCCUGUUCUUCAACGUGCUUAUCAGCAUCAUCUUUAAAUACUUUUUAUGAAAGAACAGAGCAUUCGACAGGGUAUUCGUUUAUAGGGUCAUCAUAUUUAAGAAAAAUAUCAUCAAAUCCAUCAUUUCCAAGUAUUAGUGUAUUAGACAAUGGAAAAGGAGUAGGAGAGUCUCUAAGGGAAGUAGCAGAGCCUCGGAUGGUUCGAAAGAAAAGUGGGGAAUUAGUUAAAUCGUCUUUGAAAGGGGAGAGACAAGGACGUUCACAGUCAGUGCCAUCUACGCCAAUUUUGCACAAAAAUGUACAAUUUGCAACAGAGUUGGAGCAAAUCAGACAUUUUUCACAAGCAGAAAAGCCAACUGCAGUGAGUGCGGAUGCAUCACCGGAAGAAAAGGAUAGCUGUGAUAUGGAGUUUGGAUACGAUUUGUAUGAACAUCAGGAAGGAUUCCAGAAAACACAGUGGAUUGAGAAAGGAACGUAUGAGUUGGAAAUUGAAUUGGCAAAUUUUAGUGAGGAAAGAACAAUGUCUUUAUCACAAAAUGUGCAUUUAGAAAGUGUAUAUUUAUCUUCAAAUAAACGAAAUUUAUUAGGAAAAGUAGUAGUGAAAAAUUUAGCAUUUGAGAAAUCUGUCGGAGUUAGAUUUACCAUGGACCAUUGGCAGACAAUAUCAGAGGUGAAUGCCGAGUAUACGGAUGACAUACCUAGAAAGCAAUAUGAUGGUUUUGAUCGGUUUGUCUUUAACAUUAAGCUUCAUGAACUAGUAAAUAUCGAAGAUAAGACGCUUUAUCUUUGUAUUCGAUAUAGAAUUCUAGGUGCUGAGUUCUGGGAUAAUAAUUUAGGCAUGAAUUAUCGAAUAGAAUUUCGGAAGAAAUUAAAAACAUCUACACAACCUCAUUUAACACAUUAUCCCAUUUUAUCUUCGCCGAAUAGUAAUACUGAAAACAAUAUAAACUCUAAUAUGGAUACCCAUUUAGCCACACGUCGAGCGUAUAAAAGUAAUUCAUUUUCUUUUUCACUAGAAAAUAAUGAUCUCACUACUACUCCACCACCUUUAUCACGUAAAAAGCAAUCUUCCAAUAAUCUUUUUUCGACUCGAUAUGAUUUUAGUGCUUCACUUACAGCUGCUAUCAAAGCAUCUAAUAAUACCAUUGGUUAUGAUAAUAAAAACACGAAUUUAGAAACAAGAUAUAAUGAUUCUUUUGAUAUUUCUACAAAAAAUGUUCAUUCAUAUUUCUCAAAUUUAUUUUUAAUAGAGAAGGCCUCAUCUACUACUCAGUGUAAUAUAUCUUUUGAAAAUGAUACCUCGGAUACCCCUUCAUUAGAUAAUACCAAAUUGGACACUUCUCUUGAAAAAAGCAAGACUACAUCUAAUUUGCUUAAAGAUAAUUUUAAACCUUCGGUAGAUUCUGUUUCAUACAAAAAUUUUUUAAAUAAUUAUUGUUUCUUUAGGGGGUCGGAUAAAAUCAAUACGCAAACUGCUAAUUUUAAAAUUCAUAUGAACGAAAAUCCUGUAUGUGACUUUUCUUCAUCCCAUAGAAAAUUUGUUUCACCAGAUUCUUUAUCAUCAGAAUCAAUAUCAUUUUCCUCGGAUACCUCAUUGUUUUAUCCUCAUACACCGUUAUCCUCUAUUUCUUCAGAUUCGGUUUCGUCAAAUAUGUCAAGGCCGUCUUCUGAAUCAAAAACGUCAAUUGAUCUUUAUUAUAACCAUCUAAUCAAUUCAUCACUUGGUCUUGAAGCUCCAGGAAGCACACUUACCGCUAUACGAACUUAA